AUGGCCUCAUCUUCGUUUAGAGAUUCCAUCAACUCUUUGGGAUGGUCACGCCGCGACGAUGAUGUAUCCGUCAACACGGCGCAGCAAAGCGGUCUCAUGUCAUCCAUCAAGUCGUUGAACCCGUUUCAAAACAAUAGCUAUAUACAACUCCCAACGACCGAGGGGGCUGGUGCGCCUUUGCCUGCUCCUAAUAGAAGGGAGGAAGAAGAAGGCUGGGCAGCGUUGAGUCGAUGGGAUCGCAUGCUUAUUUUUGGCGCCUGCAACUUGGGUGCGCUCGCUUGCUUCGUUAUCUGCUUCGCCCUGUUUCCAGUUUUGUCUUUGCGGCCACGCAAGUUUGUCAUUCUCUGGACGCUUGGCUCUCUCCUGUUCCUGGCGUCGUUUGCGGCCGUCAUGGGCCCUAUGGCUUAUGCAAGGCAUCUCAUCUCUGGUCCUCGCUUGCCCUUCACUGCGGCCUACUUUGGCUCGCUUGGGCUAUCUCUUUACUUCUCUCUUGCUCUUCACAGCACUUUUCUCACGUUGAUCUCGGCCCUCAUUCAGCUGGCUUGCCUGGUGUGGUACCUGGUUAGCUACUUUCCCAUGGGGUCCAGCGGCCUGCGACUGGCAACUACUUUUGGGGCGAGGAGGGCGGCAGCCUGGAUGUCCGGCUAA